CGUGGCGAGCUUGAAAGGCUUCUGUUUAAGCUGAGCUGGCUGUUGUGCUGUUUUGAGUUUGCAGACAGUUGCUAUCGACGCCUGUCUCUUCGCGGUAGGACCUGUCGAUAUUUUCGGAGACAUUGACACUAAGUGGCAAACUUUGUGCCGGGUGCCUAGCACGCGUUUCUCCCAAGUUGAAUUCGACUUUUUUUGAUAAAGGAGUCCCUGUCCUGUCAAAUUGAAGCCAUGGACCCUGCCAGUCAAGACAUCAACCUGAACUCUCCCAACAAAGGCCUGGGCGUGGAGGGCUCGGGCAGCCUGUCCGACGUGCCGGUGGAGGGGUCGAUGGUCAGCCCGGGGAACCCUCUGCCGCCCGGCCUGAGCGAGGAGGAGGCCGAGGAGCUCCGCACCGAGUUAACCAAGGUGGAGGAGGAGAUCAGCACCCUCCGCCAGGUCCUGUCAGCCAAAGAGAGGCACGCCGCCGAGCUGAAGAGGAAGCUGGGCCUCAACCCGCUCAACGAGCUCAAGCAGAACCUCACCAAGAGCUGGCAGGACGUCCAGACCUCCAACGCAUAUCUGUCUGCCUCUGCCACUUUGGAUGACAUUACCCAUUCUGAAGCGUACAAAAAGACCCAGGAGACCCUCUCCCAGGCCGGCCAGAAGACCAGCGCCGCCCUCAGCACAGUGGGCACGGCCAUCAGCAGAAGACUGGGCGACAUGAGAAACUCGGCGACCUUCAAGUCAUUCGAGGAUAAAGUGGGGAACCUGAAGCAAAAGGUGGUCAGCCCCAGAGGAAACGGAGAGGCCGGCUCCCCGACCAACGGCACCCCCACCCAGGAGAACCCGCCUUUCUGAGAGCCCCCCCCACCCACACCCCCCCGCCGCCUGCAGCCUCCUCCUCCCGACCACAGACUGUACCCACGCCGCCCGCCAGUCGGACCCGUGACGUCCACUCUCCUGCCCGGCCGCUGUUCUUUGGUGGUUCGGCUCAUGGCCUCCUGCCGCUCCCUGAUUGGACGAAACUCGGUCCUGAUAUAAAAAAAAAAAAACGACUUCCUUUCAAACAGGUUGUCGCUCAUCCAGGAGUUCACUUAAAGGAAGAAAAAAACUAAAAAGGGGCAUUAAAAGCUGUCCGAUUGGGAGGAAAAAUUAAAUUCUCUUGAUAAUUGAUGUUCUUGUGCAGGGGAUAUGUUUUUUUUUUUUUUGUUUGUUUUUUUCUUCUUCCAGGCUAAAGCUCAUUAAUGACACUUUCUGGGGAUGGUGGAGGGUUUCCCCUCUCGUUUCUGAUCACCUCCAGCUCCAUCAGCGACGCACGCACACUCAGCAAACUCUCCCACAAGCCGGGGUUCCACCUCUGAAGCCGCUCCGCUGGUUCCAUCGUGGGGUGACUUUCUCUUUUCGUCUGGGCUGUAACAUACCAACCCUCCGAUCGAUCUUGUAAAUCUUUGUGCAGCACCCCUCAAAACACCCGCAACAUGUAAAAACAGGACAAAAAAAAAAAAAAUCUUUAAAGCAUUUUUGUAUUAUAAACUAUUUUACAGUGCAUUGAAUAAUGUUUUUACAUAAUUUUUAUCAAUAUGUACAAUUAAAUAGACACAUCAAAUAGAUAUAUAUGUGUAUAUAUAUAUAUAUAUAUACACACACACAUAUAUAUAGUCAGUCAGGAGGGAUCGCUUCGGUUUAAAAACCAGAACCUGAAUUAAACCAGGAUAACAACAAUCUGGUUUUAAACCGGUCUAAUUUGCAUUUGAGUCAAACUCCAAAGUGCUUUUCGAGAGGCCCAAAAAGCUUUGAAAGCACUUUUUACUGUGAUGAUUUCCUGUCCCUAUCCUUUCCUCCUGUUUGUUUUCUGUUAAAGUAGAUCUGUGAGUCGGUGCUUCUCUAUAAGCACUGCUCACUUAGAUAGCUCAUUCUUUAGCCGGUAGGAAGCCGUUGUAUUCUUUUUCUUUUGCUCCCCUUUCAUUUCCAGGUGGGACGUUAUGGUUGGAUUGAAGUUGCCAGAAAUCUCCCGCUGCCAUAGCAACCCCUGGUGUACAUAGACGCUGUGCUCUUCACACACAUUAAGCGCAACUAGACGGCCUCGUCCUGCCUAUUCUGAGGUCAAAUGAACAUAAAAAGUCACUAAUGUGUCCACUGAGCCUUCUUUAACCACCCGGUCACUCUUACAAACCACACGGCCUCCGAAACGGGGACUUUGUCCAGAGCAAGAGAAAGAAAUUGAACCAUUUGUGUUUGUUUUUUUAGGGUUUUCGUUUAAGUUGCCAUCACAUAUCGCCAAAUAUUCUCUCGCCACUGCUCUGGUGAAUUCCCUUUGGCCUUCCUCUGCUGCCAAAAUAUUGGAACAUACCGGAAAAAAACCCAAAAGCUUCAUAAAAUGCUGAAAACAUAGCUGAUUUAAAAAAAAAAACAUCCUUAAACCCGCUCCAGUGUGUGAUAACUCGCAUGUAUUUUCCUUGUUUUCUAUGUUGUUUUUUGUUUUGUUUAGUUUAGUUUUUUUUUGGUCAUGGCCUUUUUCUAUGGGUGUCACUGGCUCUCUUAAAUCCUGUUACAGAUUCUCUUUCUGGCUCCGGACCUCGUCCAGGUUCAUCGUCGCGGCCAAAAAAAAACCCGUCACGCACACUUAACGAGAACUCUGCAUUUUUGUGUAACUUAUUUUGGAAUCCUGACAUAGUCGUGCAGAGAAACCAAUGGGUGGACGUCGGUGUGGGAUGAUUUAUUUUUGUUUUAGGUGCCAAGAGGAAGUGCAGCUCAGUGGAGUCAGAGUUGUGCACACUCAGCUUUAUUUAGGUUUGGGGUUUAUUUUGUGUAGCUUAUUAAGGGACUGGAAUUUGGAUGUUAUGGUCAAAUGAUUAAAUGCUUUUUUUUUUUUUUUUGGUUCUGUUGUGUUUGUUUGGAUAUCAAUAAAGCAUUCCUUAAAAUACA